GUUGCUGUUGGGUAUUUACCUUUGCCUUUUAUUUAAUUUAUAUUAAGUGAGUAAUUCCCAACCACAGAUAAGAUGCAUACUUAUAUAGUUCCUUCUGGUUUUUCUUUUUGCUUGUGUGUGCGUAUCUUUAAAUCAAGAGGAGAAUUUAUUUUGGUGAAUGGUUGUGAGGUGAGGAUUUAAAUAAAUAUUUCUUGGAGUGCCUGGGUGGCUCAGUCGGUUAAGCGUCCUACUUCAGCUCAGGUCAUGAUCCGUGAGUUUGAGCCCUGCGUUGGGCUCUGUGCUGACAGCUCAGAGCCUGGAGCCUGCUUCAGAUUCUGUGUCUCCCUCUCUGUCUGCCCUCCCCGCUCAUGCUCUGUCUCUCUCUGUCUCAAAAAUAAAUAAAAACAUUAAGAAAAAAUUUAAAUAAAUAUUUCUUCCCCAAAUAUCCAAGUAGUUUUCUUAACUCUGUUAGAUGAUCUGUCCCUUCCCCAUGGUAUGUGAUUUUCAGGGUGAUCUUGUUUUGUUUUUCUUCAGGCGUCUUGCAGCCCUCCAGAAGAGAAGAGAACUUAGAGCAGCUGGCAUAGAAAUUCAGAAGAAGAGAAAAAAGAAGAGGGGAGUUGAUUAUAAUGCUGAAAUCCCAUUUGAAAAAAAGCCUGCUCUUGGUUUCUAUGAUACUUCUGAGGAAAACUACCAGGCUCUUGAUGCAGAUUUCAGAAAAUUAAGACAACAAGAUCUUGAUGGGGAACUAAGAUCGGAAAAAGAAGGAAGAGACAGAAAAAAAGACAAACAGCAUUUAAAAAGGAAAAAAGAAUCUGAUUUGCCAUCAGCUAUUCUUCAGACUAGUGGUGUUUCUGAAUUUACUAAAAAAAGAAGCAAACUAGUACUCCCUGCCCCUCAGAUUUCAGAUGCAGAACUCCAGGAGGUUGUAAAAGUAGGCCAAGCAAGUGAAAUCGCACGUCAGACUGCUGAGGAAUCUGGCAUAACAAACUCUGCCUCCAGUACGCUUUUGUCUGAGUACAAUGUCACCAACAACAGCAUCGCUCUUAGAACACCUCGUACACCGGCUUCCCAGGACAGAAUUCUGCAGGAAGCUCAGAACCUCAUGGCCCUGACCAAUGUGGACACCCCAUUGAAAGGUGGACUUAAUACCCCUUUGCAUGAGAGCGACUUCUCAGGUGUGACUCCACAGCGGCAGGUUGUACAGACUCCAAACACAGUUCUUUCUACCCCAUUCAGGACUCCUUCUCAUGGAUCUGAAGGGUUGACUCCCCGCAGUGGGACAACUCCCAAACCAGUUAUUAACUCCACCCCGGGUAGAACUCCUCUUCGAGACAAAUUAAACAUUAAUCCCGAGGAUGGAAUGGCAGACUACAGUGAUCCCUCUUAUGUGAAGCAGAUGGAAAGAGAAUCUCGUGAGCAUCUCCGUUUAGGAUUGUUGGGCCUCCCUGCCCCUAAGAAUGACUUUGAGAUUGUUCUGCCAGAAAAUGCUGAGAAGGAGCUGGAAGACCGUGAAAUAGAUGAUACUUACAUUGAAGAUGCUGCUGAUGUGGAUGCACGAAAGCAGGCUAUACGAGAGGCAGAGCGUGUAAAGGAAAUGAAGCGAAUGCACAAAGCUGUCCAGAAAGAUCUGCCAAGACCAUCAGAAGUAAAUGAAACUAUUCUAAGACCCUUAAAUGUAGAACCACCUCUAACAGAUUUACAAAAAAGUGAAGAACUAAUCAAAAAAGAAAUGAUCACAAUGCUUCAUUAUGACCUUCUGCAUCACCCUUAUGAACCAUCUGGAAAUAAAAAAGGAAAAACUGUAGGAUUUGGUACUAAUAAUUCAGAGCACAUUGCCUAUCUGGAACAUAACCCUUAUGAAAAGUUCUCCAAAGAAGAGCUGAAAAAGGCCCAGGAUGUUUUGGUACAGGAGAUGGAAGUGGUAAAACAAGGUAUGAGCCACGGAGAACUCUCAAGUGAAGCUUAUAACCAGGUGUGGGAAGAAUGCUACAGUCAAGUUUUGUAUCUUCCUGGGCAGAGCCGCUACACACGGGCCAACUUAGCUAGCAAAAAGGACAGAAUCGAGUCACUUGAAAAGAGGCUUGAGAUAAACAGGGGUCACAUGACAACGGAAGCCAAGAGAGCUGCAAAGAUGGAAAAGAAGAUGAAAAUUUUGCUUGGGGGUUACCAGUCUCGUGCUAUGGGGCUUAUGAAACAGUUGAAUGACUUAUGGGACCAAAUCGAGCAGGCUUACUUGGAGUUACGCACUUUUGAAGAACUCAAGAAACACGAAGAUUCUGCUAUUCCCCGGAGGCUAGAGUGUCUAAAAGAAGAUGUUCAGCGACAACAGGAAAGAGAAAAAGAACUUCAGCAUAGAUAUGCUGAUCUGCUGCUGGAGAAAGAGACUUUAAAGUCCAAAUUCUGAAGCAUAGUUUAUACUCUGUCACAGGAUGAAUUAAUUGCUGGUUUUCAUACUUUGGAAGGCUGAAACUGAUGAUUAUCUUCAUUGACAAAUUUGCCCACGAUCUGUGGUUUUUCAGUUGUUUACUUUAAAUGAUAUCGAUCUUACACAGUCUAUGUAUAAAGACUUUAACUCCACAAAAUGUUUUAGGGUUUAAAUUAUUAAGAUGAUCAUUCUUUUAGCAGUGUCAUAUUUGCAAAAAUUUUUUUAGUUUUGGCCUUUAAUUUUAAAAGCCUGGUUUUAAAGUGCUGCCUGUGAGUAAACUCUUGAAUAAAAAGAAAAUAUAAAAAAUUGUGAGUGUAGCCUUUUGUUUGAAGUAAUUAGAUAGUUAGAGUGCCCACAAACCAGCAAGUAUGUACUCUGUGUCAUAUUUAAUGAGUAACUCUUGGGUAAUCAGAAUGGUGAUCCCGUAUCUUAAUUCCUUCAGAGGCAGUCCUUUUGUGGCCUCGUUAGUUUUAGCACAGGGCACUCAUUUCUCUAUACACUGACAAGAUGGAUUAACAUUUUAAUACCUCAGGGUUUGUUUUUUUGUUUUUUGGUUUUUUUUCAAGUAUAAUUUUAAGAAGUUCUCUUCUUUGCCCAGCUACUCACACAGUUUAUGGAUUAGGACUCAAAAGAUUUCAUUUUUAUUGACCUGUUAGGUUCUUUUAAAUGUCUUUUCUAUGAAGGUGUGUUGAAGAUUAAUUUCAGUAAGGCUAUCACACUUUAUUAAAGCUUUGUGUUUAUCCUAAGUUAAUUACACAAGUGUAGAAUUUUGGGAAUUGGUAGAAGUGGGAAGACCAGACUUUAUAAUUCACAUGAAAUCGUUUGGGAUAGUUACUAGUUGGCUACAAGUUCAGUAUGGACCAACAGUAUGUUGGACCUACCAGGAAUAUUUCCCCAUCUUAAUCCUAGGGAUUAAAAGGAGGGAAGGAGGGAUUUAUUCAGUUAUCAGGUAAUUUAUUAACCGCUCGGUGUCAGAGUCAUGGAGAUAGAACAAUGAGUAAAGUAGGUAUGACUCCUAGUUUGUGGAGCUUACAGUCCAUUGGGAAUGAUGAUAGGCGACUCAAAUUCAGAUGUUUUUUGAGUGACUCUUCUUAAGUGCCGGACACUUAUUUAAGUGCUGGAGAUAAAGAGUUAAGACAAACUUCUUGCUCUCAUGGAGGUGACGUUAGUGGGAGGAGAUACUCAACAUACAGGGAAAAGUAUCAGAUCAUGAACUUUGAUUCUCUGGAGGGAAUUAAAAUCGGGUGAUGGGAGACAGUGACUGGAUGGCGACUUUAGUUUGGAUGAUCAGAAGAGCUCUUUGAAGGGCUAACAUUUAAGAUAGGAUGUGGGGAAGAGCAAUGCCGGCAAAGCGCCUUUGGGGUAUUUGAGGAAGAGGAAGGAAGACAAGGUGGCUAGGGUGUCAAGAAUGGCUUUUGAGUAAGGCCUGGGCGUAUAGGGGCAUAUGUAGAAGGCCUUGGUAAGAAAUUUGGUUUUUAUUCUAUUAUGGGAAGCUGUGAGAAGAUUCUGAGCAAAGGAAUGGCAUCAGAUUUGGUUUAGAAACAUCCUGUGGUCAUAGUGCAUAACGUCUCACCAGGCUGACGGGGGGUGGGGAAGCCACUUAGUUGAGCAUGAAGGUGAUGGCAGACGAACAAUAAUACUGACUCCAACCAGGAUAGAGGCAGUCCUGGUGGGGCAGGUGCAGCGACUUGAGCAGGAAUCAGUAUGCGGUCUCCUCAGACUAUAUUUUUCUAGUUACCUAGUCACUUUAAUUCUAGAACUUUUUUCAAUAAUUUCACAUGGAUUUUCUAGGAAACACUUUAUCAUCUGUGAAUAGCAGUAAUGUUUCUUCUAGUAGUUUCGUUUUUGUUGCAUAUUUUGUUGGCACAAAUGUUUAGAACAGUUUUAAAUGACGAUGAUGGCAGACCUUGUUUUUGAUUUUCAUGGGAAUGUCCGUAAUAUUUUCUUUCGAGGUUGGCUGUUUUGAGUUCUUCUUUAUCUAGAAAGGAAAUACCCGUCUAUUUUU